AUGAAAAGAUUCGUUUCAAUUCUAUUAAUUGCCUUAACCUUGGCUAUCAUUGCCUUGUCCAUGACUUCCAAUGUUCAAGCAGAGGAAGCAGAAACCAUGUCCUUGUACAUUGCCAAAACCAAUAACAAGCAAAGAAAGCUCAAACGAGUUAAAAAUCACAAAAAGAGAAGAAAUCACAGAAAACUCAACAAGUAUUUGGAUACCUAUGGAAAGAGAAGAGGUUUGAAGAGACAUGGAAAGAAGAGAAUUAUCAGAAAGAAGAUUGACGUUUAUGGAAAGAAGAAGAGAAGUAACAAGAAGAGAAGAAUUGAUACUUAUGGAAAGAAGAAUAGAAAGAACAGAAAGAACAGAAAGAAUAGAAAGAAUAGAAAACAUCACAAAAAGAAUAGAAAGGUUGACGUUUACAAGCGUAAAUAA